AUACACUUAUCCCAUCUCCGCCUGCAUACCUCCGUUUCAGCAUGUCAGCGAGCAGAGGACACAAAGAUCGCCCCCCGUAUGAAACGGUAGCUCCCCUUGAUCCACUGAGCGGCGAUCGUCCCGUUUCCGUAGACGUAUCCACGAGGGGAACGUUUCGGCCGCCUCCAACGACAUCUUUAUCUUUCCCCCAAAUGGAAUGUAUCACACAAUGUAUUCAGCUCGUUCACUACGCGCAUCGUUUCCCGAGGGUGUCUGGUAAGACACCUACCCGGGACGAUGUUGUGCGCUACACAGCUGCUUGGACUCGCAACUUCGCCAACUGCGUAGACAGGACUCUUGACCACGCGCAGAGAGGAUGUUUUACCCUAAAGGACAUAUUGCAUUCUUCAAACGCACGUUCACUACACGACUUUGGGUCCGGCUUUCCAGAUGUCAUAAGGCCAACUCAACGCGAUUGGAGUGACUCGUACGCAAGUAUGGUAGAUGAAUCUAGACGAUAUCGGGCCGCUCUCACAGUGAGUUCCGGGAGUAACCGAUGGCCGCUGUUCCCCAAAAGAGGAGAUGCGCAAAUGCACUUUGAUUUUUUAUCAGCAGUGGUUGGGACGAUGGAUUCGGUUAUACGGGGCAUGGCCUCUUCAAUGGAUUGGUGGUGGGGUAUCUCCGAGUCAAUGAUGCAAUUUGCAGUUGUGGCUCGUGAACAGGUACCUGGCUAUCACUUCGAUGAUGCUCUCAAGAGACAGAUGGUAUGGGCCAUCCAUGUAUUAGAAUCAUAUCAUAUGCAGCUUCUAAUUCAUUCCACACAGCUACGCAAGACACUUGGCAGCACCCUGCAAGGCGGAGAUCUGCGUGGGGGAUCUAUGAUAGGAAAUUCAAGGCGUCAAUGAUCAUUUCUUAUUGAUUUGUUGUCGAUCGCCCCGUAUGCAUGUCUUGUAUACCCCACCUUCAUAGAUAGCGUUGUAAUCCG